AUAAAGUCAAGAGGUCCUAGUCUCCUUACAGGAGAAAGUAGUUCCAAAUUGCUUGAAAUUGAAUGAUUAGGAUUAAAAAUGCACUCAAUUAAAAUAUUUCUUUUUCUUUUUCCUUUAGUAAUUUCUUCCAGAAUUGAUCCAGAUAAUUCACCAUUUGAUCCUGUACCUUCAGAGCCCAAAUCAAGAUUUGCUAUGUUGGACGAUGUCAAAAUUUUAGCCAAUGGUCUCCUUCAGCUGGGACAUGGUCUUAAAGAUUUUGUUCAUAAAACUAAGGGCCAAAUUAACGACAUAUUUCAGAAACUCAACAUAUUUGAUCAAUCUUUUUAUGACCUAUCACUUCAAACCAAUGAAAUCAAAGAAGAGGAAAAGGCACUAAGAAGAACUACAUCUAAGCUACAGGUAAAAAAUGAGGAGGUGAAGAAUAUGUCACUUGAACUGAACUCAAAACUUGAAAGCCUCCUUGAGGAGAAAAUCGCACUUCAACAAAAAGUCAUCGCUUUGGAGGAGCAGCUAACCAGUUUAAUACAAAACCAACCUGGGGCGCAGGAGCACCCAGAGGUGAUAUCACUUAAAAGUUUUGUAGAACAGCAAGAUAACAGAAUCAGAGACCUCCUCCACACUGUGGAAGAACAAUACAAACAACUAAGCCAACAGCACAGCCAGAUAAAAGAAAUAGAAAACCAGCUCAGAAAGACUGGUAUUCAAGAACCCACAGGAAAUUUUCUUUCUUCUAAAUCAAGAGCACCAAGAACUACUCCCCCUCUGCAGCCGAAUGAAACAAAAAAUAUAGGAAAAGAUGACCUUCCCGCUGACUGCUCCGCUAUCUAUAACAGAGGCGAACAUACAAGUGGCAUAUAUGCUAUUAGACCAAGCAACUCUCCAGCGUUUAAUGUCUACUGUGAAACCCAAUCAGGGCGUCCAUGGACAUUAAUUCAACACCGGAAAGAUGGGUCACAAAACUUCAACGAAACGUGGGAGAACUACAAAAAUGGUUUUGGGAGGCUUGAUGGAGAAUUCUGGUUGGGCCUAGAGAAGAUCUAUGCCAUAGUAAGACAGUCUAACUACAUCUUACGACUGGAGCUACAAGACUGGAGAGACAGCAUGCACUAUGUUGAAUAUUCCUUUUACCUGGGCAAUGGCAAAACCAACUACACACUACAUGUGGCUGAGAUUGCUGGCAAUGCCCCUGAGGCACUCCCAGAACACAGAGACCUGAUGUUUUCUACAUGGGAUCACAGAACAAAGGAACAGCUCUACUGCCCAGAAAAUUAUUCAGGAGGCUGGUGGUGGCAUGGCGUAUGUGGAGAAAACAACCUCAAUGGUAAAUACAACAAACCCAGAGGCAAACCCAAGCCAAAGAGGAAGAGAGGGAUCUACUGGAAGACUAAGAAUGGAAAGCUCUACUCCAUCAAAUCAUCCAAAAUGAUGGUUCAGCCCACCAAUUGAGAAGGCUUUGCACAAACUGAGACAAAUUAAAAGGUCACUAAAUUAAAUAUUGAAAUCCUCCCAAGAUUUAA